AUGGUCGUCGAGCUGGGGACGGUGUAUAUGGUAAAGCCGGACGAGGAUGAUUGUGGGCUUUUAAAGGUGGCCUACUGGACGAAUGGGAUCCUGUUCAAAGUGGUCCCCUGCAUCCUGCUCACCCUCUCCAUCGUCGCGCUCCUAAAAAUUAUUGCCGACGUGGCGAACAGGCGGAAAAAUUUGGCACAGGUGAUGAACAAGAAGAAAAUGCCGCGCGACCACACAACCCCAAUGCUGGUCGCCGUUUUGUCGAUAUUCCUGGUAGCUGAAUUACCACAGGGAAUCCUCCACGUCUCUAAUGCUAUUUUUGACAACGAGACUUUUCAUAGACGGGUCUACAUCCCCCUCGGCGACCUGAUGGACCUGUUGUCCCUCAUCAACUCGGCCGUCAACUUUAUCAUCUACUGUGCGAUGAGCCGGAAGUUCCGUGCCGUCUUCCUCAACCUGUUCCUCGCCUGCCUGCCCGAAAGAAUCGCCAAGAAAUGGCGCGAAGACUGGGGCGACACCGGCGACACUUCCAGACCGCGGCCAUCCGGCUACACCGGAACGGAGCAGCUGGCCCUGACUUCCGGCCAUCGUCCUUCGGCGACCAGCUUGCUGUUGCGCUUCGGGUCGAAGGAGAACAUUCCGCGCAUGUACACCGCCAACAACCAUUUGGCGGCGGAUGAGCCCAGAAGCGGCAGAAGCUCCCCAUGCCCUCCCCUACUCUCCGUGCCCCAUCUGAAGUCGCCGAGAAUCUCCUUCGACAUGACGGCCGACGAGGAGGAGAUACGCCGAAGGAGUGCUGACGUCACGGAGGUGACCCUGCCCGUCCCGUUGAACAUCCACAAGAAGACGGUCGGGUCUAGGCUUCGGUGGCAGCCGCUGGAAAAGAUACGGAGGCUGCUCGGCUCUCGCCAUUCCGAAGAUCCACCCCCAGCCGCCUCCAGCCGCCAUUUCGAGACGAGUAGCGUGUAU